AUGCAUGUCCACGUUGAUCAAUUCCCCAUCAACAGUUCAUUUGCCAACCAGGAAUCUGCAGUCUCGUGGCUGCCUAAUUUCGAUUCCAAGGAUAACGCUGCUAGGCGAUCGCAGAAGAUGGACAUCAUCAAAGCCAUCGGGGGAACCCAAGGAGUCUCAAUCAGAGGACGUCUCCUGUCCAAGCUUCCAAUGGGCAAAAGCCAUGAGAAUAUUUACACCAUUCCCAACAUUCUCACCUUUACUCGGUUAAUCGCGGCCCCCGUAGUGGGAUAUUUGCUAGUCCACGACUACCACGCAGCUGCCUUGUCCCUGUUCGCUUAUGCAGGUAUUACCGAUUUAGUCGAUGGCUGGAUUGCUCGUAAAUGGAACCUGCAAACGGUCGUGGGAACCAUCAUUGAUCCCAUGGCUGAUAAACUGCUGAUGACCGUCGGAGUCGCGUGUCUAGCGGUGAAUGGGUCGCUUCCAAUUUGGCUCGCCGUGAUCAUCCUUGGUCGUGACAUUGGCCUAGCCAUAUCGGCCAUCUACUACCGAUGGAUUUCUCUUCCACCCCCUAAGACUAUGGCUCGCUACUGGGACUUUUCGCUCCCUUCCGCCGAGGUCAAGCCUACCGAAAUUUCCAAGAUCAACACUGCUCUGCAAUUGGUGUUGGUAGGCAGCGCAAUUGGCCUACCUGUGCUUCCCGAGGCUGUUAUUAGUGCUUGGCACUUGUCAGAGGCCAUGACUGGAUUCCAGUACCUUGUGGCGGGUACUACCAUCUGGUCGGGAUUGAGCUACGUCUUGUCCAACAAUGCGGUGAAAAUUCUCAGCAACGAGGAAAUCCAGAAGCGCAUUGCUGCUGCUGCUGCAAAGCGGAAGCCCUAA